AUGGCAGAAGUUGAGAUAGGUAAAGUCAUGGAAGAGAAUUUGAUCGAUUCUGUCACCAUCCUGGCCGGAAGGAUGGAAGACCUGAUGCUCUCUGAAUCCGGACAGCCGGAGGUCGUCGGCCCAGAGAAUCCGGAAUACGAAGAACUUCUUUGCUGCGUAUACGAUCUCCUCUACCAAAGAAAUCCCGAGCUUAUACGGUGGCAAAGGAUAGUGAUAAAUCCUCCCGAGCUUCUUCGCGGAGCUAGAAAGACGUUUUUCGUGAAUUUCACUAACAUCUGCGCGAGGAUGCGUAGGGAACCUCAACAUGUUAUGAGUUUCUUGUUGACAGAAUUGGCAACAAGUGGUUCAACUGAUGGACAAUUUAGGCUGGUUGUGGAAGGAAGAUUUGGGCCCCAUAAUUUUGAGUUGCUAUUGAGGAAAUAUCACAACAAAUUCGUGGUUUGUGACGGUUGCAAAAGUUGUGACACGAUCCUUUCGAAGUCGAAGGAGAACCGGAUCUUGUUUCUUGAAUGUCAAGAUUGUGGUUCUACGAGAUCCGUUGCCCCGAUCAAGGUUGGAUGUGUUGCUCGUCUUGGUCGCAGGAAGGCUGCUGGAAGAACUUGA